CGGUGUUCCCACAGUCAGCUGUGUGAAUCUGAAACGCAAUGGAAGAAGUGCCACCGUGGCCUUAAAAAGACAAACCUACAAUUAUCUCACCGUGAAACAGAUUUUGUUUUAUGUUUACGUACAUUACAGUGUGUCGCACUCUUAAUACACACUAUCGUUGUUUGUCGUGUAUAUAUGUACAUAUGUAUUAAGUUUAUUUUAUCAGGAUCAGUAUCUGAUAAGCGUUCAAUCUGGAUCACCGCAGCAACAACGGCACGCGCAGAAGAGGAAAGCGCGAGGAAAUCUUCAGGAAAAAGCCCCUUCUGCCCAAAUCCAACAUGUUCUCAAAAUUUACUUCAAUCCUGCAGCAUGCUGUCGAAGCGCUUGCUCCAUCACUGCCCUUGCAAGAGGACUUUGUCUAUCAUUGGAAGGCCAUUACACAUUACUACAUAGAGACCUCAGAUGAUAAAGCCCCAGUGACGGAUACCAACAUUCCCUCGCACCUGGAGCAGAUGCUGGAUAUUCUGAUUCAGGAGGAGAGGGAGAGAGAGUCAGGUGAAACAGGACCUUGUAUGGAGUAUCUUCUCCACCACAAAAUCCUGGAGACGCUCUACACCCUGGGCAAAGCAGAUUGCCCACCUGGAAUGAAACAGCAGGUUCUGUGUUUCUACACCAAGUUGCUGGGUCGAAUUCGCCAGCCACUCAUGCCUCACAUCAAUGUGCACAGACCCGUACAGAAAAUGGUUCGCCUGUGUGGGGAAGUUCUGGCUGCUCCUACAGAGAAUGAAGAGAUCCAGUUUCUGUGUACCGUCUGUGCCAAACUUAAACAGGACCCUUACCUCGUCAACUUCUUCCUGGAAAAUAAGAACAAAAGGUUGGAGGCUGUUAAAGAUGAUGGAGGGGAUUUGGUGAAAGAGGAUCCAACUUCUCCAGAUACGGGACAGAAUCAAAUUCCCAGUCCGGUCAGGUCGGCACAGAAAGAUGCAGCGUGUAAAGCCACCAGUCCAUCAGCAGAAUCUAGUCCGUCCUCUGUUCGCUCCAAGGUGGCAAACAAUGACAACUACAACCUAGUCAGCUCUCUUCUCAACCUUACCAAGAGUCCGGAUGGUCGUAUCGUGGUGAAGGCGUGCGAGGGUCUGAUGCUCAUAGUCAGCUUACCCGAACCAGCUGCAGCCGAAUGCCUGACAGAAAACACAGAGCUCAGUCAACUCCUCACAGAUCGACUGGCACAGUUUUACCGGGCCCUUCCCCAGUCCAUGGAUCCCCUUGACAUCGAAACGGUGGAGUCUGUAAACUGGGGGCUGGAUGUAUACAAUUUAAAGGAAGAUGCUGCUGCUUUUGCUGGCAAACGUGCGCUCAUCUCCUUCCUGUCUUGGCUGGACUACUGCGACCAGCUCAUCAAAGAGGCUCAAAAAACCGCAGCCGCAGUCCUGGCCCGGGCUGUGAGAGAGCGGUUCUUUGUUGCUGUAAUGGAGCCUCAGCUAAUGCAAACGUCAGAGGUGGGUAUUCUGACCUCCACAGCCCUGUUAAACAGGAUCAUAAGACAGGUGACAUCAGAGGCAUUGCUGCAGGAGAUGGUGUACUUUUUGUUGGGAGAGGAGACAGGCCCAGAGACGCUGGCUGGCACCACCCAGCAUCCCCUGAGACACAGACUCAUCGAACACUGUGACCACCUGUCAGAUGAGAUCAGCAUCAUGACACUAAGGCUCUUCGAGCAUCUGCUACAGAAGCCAUGCCAGCACAUCCUGCAAAACCUGGUGCUGCGCUGCUUAGAGGAACGCAACUACAUCGAGAACAAACAGCCGGAGGAACGAGAGGAGCGAGAGCACAUGGAGAACGGCCAACCGCAUGAUGCCGUAGACCUGGAAGAAGACCCUCUGUUCUCAGACCUUUCUCCUGAUAACAGACUCUCAAGCCCUGAUUGGUUGAGCUGCUCGCCGCCACAGAGCACAGAACACACGAGACCUGAUGGGAAGACGGAAGUGCACAAAAUAGUUAACAGUUUCCUGUGUUUGGUGCCUGAUGAGGCAAAAUCAUCCAAUCACGUCGAGGGCACAGGCUAUGACACCUAUCUGCGAGAUGCACACAGACAGUUUCGGGACUACUGUGGGGUUUGUCAGAAAUGGGAUUGGCGCAGCAGUCCUAAACCAUUUGAGAAGUGUAAUCUGGAAAGUAGUUUUUUUGAGGGACAUUUUCUCAAAGUGCUGUUUGACAGAAUGGGGCGUAUCCUCGAUCAGCCGUACGAUGUGAACCUUCAGGUGACGUCGGUGCUGUCUAAGCUGUCUUUGUUGCCUCAUGCACAUCUUCACGAGUAUCUGCUCGAUCCAUACAUUAAUCUGGCGCCAGGCUGCAGAUCUCUCUUCUCAGUUAUUGUCAGGGUGGUUGCAGAUCUGAUGUUGAGAAUCCACCGCAUCCCUGAUUUCACCUCAAAACUUCUGCUAGUGAGGAAGAGACUGCUAGGGCUGGAGCCAGAAGGCAUGAGCAUUGAUCACAUGACAUUACUCGAGGGGGUCAUUGUUCUGGAGGAGUUCUGCAAAGAGCUCGCAGCGAUCGCGUUCGUCAAGUUCCACGCUUCCGCCUCCACUUCUCCCUGAUGUGAUCACGAAACAUAAACUGAUAAUUAAACAGACAAAGGGGGAAACGAAAAAACCAAACCUCACUCAUCCCUCAACGCAGAAGCCUGCCCGGCGCAGGACUGACAUUCAAGAACUCUUCACGUGUGUUAUCUUUGGGAGUUUUUCGUAAUGGUGACUGAGCUCACUGUUCAGAUACAGAUACGAUGGAAUGUUUCAUGAAAAAAGAUGAAUGAUUUGUGAACAGUUCUGCUUAUGUAGCGCUCAUACAUAAAGAAAAAAACCGAACUAAAGUAAAAACAAAUGCGAUGCCAAAAAAAUGAGUAGAUAAAGUCAUCUACUUAAAUUUGAUUGUAGUAAUUAAGACAUACAAGACAUUUAAAAAGGCUUAGAUAAAUAUUUUAUUAAUAUUAUUUGUCGUUUAGAGUAUCAAAGAUACUUGUCGUCUCUGUUCUUCUAAGAUGAAGUCAUUAGUACUGACAUGAAUGUCAAAUGCAACAAAUUUAUUUGUGAUUUAAAAAGACAAUAACUCAGGAUUCAAAGUCUUAGUUUUUAAACGAUUGGAGAAUCAGAAAGCGUUUUAAGCUCGUCCUCUGUUUCUUUAUGGUGAUGUUCGUAGCUGUUACUCUUCUUUUAAUCCGAAUCGAAUGCAAUGUGGACUCGUGAUUCAAGCUGAAUUUCACUGAUGUGUCCUCGGAGAGCUCCUCAUCCUCAUCCAUCAGUGUUCCUAAACCAUUUUAGUUAUUUAAUAUUUUUUGUUUCAUGUGUGCCUUGGUAUCAGCUAUAUAGCUGUGUCCGACCUGUAUCAUCGUAUUUAUUAUUAAGGUGACACUUUAUAAUAAGGUUGUAUUUUUUAACAUUACAAAAUGCAUUUGCUAUCCCAAACUAACAAUAAGCAAUACAGUUUUUGCCAUUUAUUAAUGUUAUAGUUAAUGCCAGUACAAUUUUCAUGUUGAUUCAUUGUACGUUAACUAAUUUUUGAUUGUAAUAUUGUAUUAUUAAAUAAAAAAUAGCAAAAACUAAGAUUAAUAAAUGCUAUAGAUGUAUUGUUCAUUGUUAAUUCAUGGUAGCUAAUCCAUUAACUCUGAUGUUAACAAAUACAGCCUUAUUGUAAAGUGUUACCGUUAUUACUUUAAAUUUACAAGGAUUAGUUUACACAAAAAUCUAAGUUUACCCUCAUGCAUUUCCAAUGCUGUAUUAAUCUCUUCUGUGCAACAUGAAAGAUGUUGUGCAGAAUAUCCAGGUGCUGUUUUAAAGCUCAAAAAAGCAUCAUAUAAGUAUUACAAAAGUAGUUAUUAUUAAUAUUUAGAGUCUUCUGAAGUCAUACGAUCACACCCAAAUUUAUAAUCUUGACAUUUAGUCCCAAUGCUCAGACCUCCUCCUGACUACAAUCUUGUUUCAUAAAAGAAAUAAAAUAUGGGUUUGAAAAGCAAUGAGGGUCAACAUUUUCAAUUUUCAGUUUGUCUAGCUCAGAGAUGAUCAGUUUGAGUUUAGCUGCUUUUUAAAGCGUUAUGCAUUUACAUUAUCAGACAGUGUGAAAAUAUACCAGCAAUAGUGUUAUUCAUCAGGCGGCUCUCUGAAAGGGACAGACUGUCCCAAAUGCACACUGUGUACAUUUGGCAAAGAUGGGGCACAGCUUGAAAUAUGCGUUCUUGUCUUUUUUUUUAAAGAGAGCCGGCUGCCUGGGCUUUCCUUUAAAUAACUUGACAUUGUGGCUUUUAUGUAACAGUCUUUACAGGGUUUAAAAUGUUUGGUAACAUAUAUUUUUCUUAAACUUCAAACAUCAGCUUGCAUUUUCCAUCCACAGUAAAAACAUGUCAAGGUCUGCAUUUACAGCCACAGAAAUUGCACACUAAUGUAUAUUUGUUCAUGUGCAUAAACUCUUUAUUUUCUUUAUAAACCAAAGGAGCAUCAUAGGAGAAGCAUGUCUGUUUCAUAAAGAAAAAAAGCAAUGCAUCUUUUUUUAUUCUUGAUCAUGCACAUUUUAUACCGAGUUCUGAAUGAAUUUGGAUCUGUGUAUAUAAAGAUGUACAGUUAUGACAGUAGUGAUGUGUAAAAUGCAUGCAAGGUCAUAUGUUAAUAUGCAGACAAAUGCCUAUUUCCUCUUCUUUUUGCCUAUUUAUGGGGAUAUUUGUAAUGCCUUAUUUUAAAAGCAGUGAAUGGUUGUAUGACUGCUGUGGUCUUUGGGUUAUGUAAG